UUUCUGUCAUAUGAUGUAAUCUUAACCUAUUUCGCAGUUUCGCUUUUAUUAUUAUUCGACAAUCGACUCCGAAUUAUCAUUAAUUUAUCACAGAAUAGUUCGUUUAAUAAAAUAUAUACGUUCAUUUGAUUUCAUUCGGUGAUUUCAGUCGGUUGUAUUGAAUUAUGUCGACUGCCGGUAAAGUGAUUAAGUGCAAGGCGGCCGUAGCCUGGGAAGCUGGAAAGCCUUUAUCAAUUGAAGAAAUUGAAGUCGAUCCGCCCAAAGCCGGAGAAGUACGUGUUAAAAUUCUAGCAACCGGCGUCUGUCACACUGACGCUUACACAUUAUCCGGAAAAGAUCCAGAAGGUGUGUUCCCCGUCAUUUUGGGUCAUGAAGGCGGAGGCAUAGUUGAAAGUAUCGGAGAAGGGGUCACGACCGUUAAACCUGGAGACCAUGUUUUACCCUUGUAUGUCCCACAAUGCAAAACUUGCAAAUUCUGUCUUAACCCAAAAACCAACCUUUGUCAGAAAGUACGAGUUACUCAGGGUCAAGGAGUCAUGCCCGACGGAACAAAACGGUUCCACUGCAAAGGGAAGGAUUUGUUCCACUUUAUGGGAUGCUCCACGUUCAGUGAAUAUACAGUGGUUCUAGAAAUUUCUUUGUGUAAAGUCAACGAUGUUGCGCCAUUGGAUAAGAUAUGUCUGCUCGGCUGCGGUGUUACAACGGGAUAUGGUGCGGCUUUAAAUACAGCUAAAGUUGAACCUGAUUCAAGUUGCGCCAUCUUUGGUCUAGGCGCUGUCGGACUUGCUGUUGCAUUGGGAUGUAAAGUGGCUGGAGCUAAACGUAUAAUCGGAGUGGACAUCAACCCUGAUAAAUUUGAAGUAGCUAAAAAGUUUGGUGUUAAUGAGUUUGUCAACCCGAAAGAUUAUGACAAACCCAUUCAGCAGGUGCUGGUUGACUUGACUGAUGGUGGUUUGGACUACACAUUUGAAUGUAUUGGAAAUGUAAAUACGAUGCGUGCAGCAUUGGAGGCUUGCCAUAAGGGUUGGGGAGAGUCUGUAAUUAUUGGAGUAGCAGGAGCAGGAGAGGAAAUAAGCACUCGCCCAUUCCAACUAGUAACUGGGCGUGUCUGGAAGGGCACAGCCUUUGGUGGCUAUAAGAGCAGAGAUAAUGUUCCCAAGUUGGUUGAAGAUUACUUGAACAAGAAACUGCCAUUAGAUGAAUUUGUCACACAUAAAGUAUCUUUAGAUGAUAUCAAUGAAGCAUUCCAUUUAAUGCACAUCGGCAAGGCUAUUCGUGCUGUUGUUGACUUCUAAAUAUAUUCCACAGAAAGAUGUUUGAAAUCAAUAUAUUAUUACAGUAUAUAUCUAUUCUAGUAUACUUAUAUAUUUUUAUUACCAAAAAUAAGUUUUGUAACAAUAAUAAAGUGCAUUUCAUAUA